AGGGAGACCUGAGCGCACCCCCGAGAGAGCGAGCGUGGCCGCUAGGCGGGCGGGGCACUGGGGAUUAAUUGUUCGGCGAUCGCUGGCUGCCGGGACUUUUCUCGCGCUGGUCUCUUCGGCGCUCAGGGAUGGCGCGGAAGUCGAACUUGCCUUUGCUUCUCGUUCCGUUUCUGCUCUGCCAGGCCCUAGUGCGCUGCUCCAGCCCUCUGCCCCUGGUCCUCAACACUUGGCCUUUUAAGAAUGCAACCGAAGCAGCAUGGAAGGCAUUAGCAUCUGGAGGCUCCGCCCUGGAUGCAGUGGAGAGCGGCUGUGCCAUGUGUGAGAGAGAGCAGUGUGACGGCUCUGUAGGCUUUGGAGGAAGUCCUGAUGAACUUGGAGAAACCACACUAGAUGCCAUGAUCAUGGAUGGCACUACUAUGGAUGUAGGAGCAGUAGGAGAUCUUAGACGAAUUAAAAAUGCUAUUGGUGUGGCACGGAAAGUACUGGAACAUACAACACACACACUUUUAGUAGGAGAGUCAGCCACCAAAUUUGCUCAAAGUAUGGGGUUUAUCAAUGAAGACUUAUCUACCAGUGCUUCUCAAGCUCUUCAUUCAGAUUGGCUUGCUCAGAAUUGCCAGCCAAAUUAUUGGAGGAAUGUUAUACCAGAUCCCUCAAAAUACUGUGGACCCUACAAACCACCUGGUAUCUUAAAGCAGGAUAGUCCUACCCAUAAAGAAAUAGAAGAUGAUCGUGGUCAUGACACUAUUGGCAUGGUUGUAAUCCAUAAGACAGGACGUAUUGCUGCUGGUACAUCUACAAAUGGUAUAAAAUUCAAAAUACAUGGCCGUGUAGGAGACUCACCAAUACCUGGAGCUGGAGCCUAUGCUGACGAUACUGCAGGGGCAGCCGCAGCCACUGGGAAUGGUGAUAUAUUGAUGCGCUUCCUACCAAGCUACCAAGCUGUAGAAUACAUGAGAAGAGGAGAAGAUCCAACCAUAGCUUGCCAAAAAGUGAUUUCAAGAAUCCAGAAGUAUUUUCCAGAAUUCUUUGGGGCUGUUAUAUGUGCCAAUGUGACUGGAAGUUAUGGUGCUGCUUGCAAUAAACUUUCAACAUUUACUCAGUUUAGUUUCAUGGUUUAUAAUUCCGAAAAAAAUCAGCCAACUGAGGAAAAAGUGGACUGCAUCUAAUCCAUCUUUUCUGUCAACAUCUGUAUUUAAAGAAGAAAGAAAGAAAGGCUGAAAAGGCUGCUCACUAUCAUCAUCUAGUGUUCCUCAUGUGUUCUAAAGUCUUUUUGUAAAAUAAACACAAAAAUAAAUUUCGUUGAAGUGGCA